AUGGUGAUAAGAAAUCUGUUUUUUAAUCUCUGUUGCUGUUUAUGAUUUAAAAUUAAUCUAUACUCGAUGUUGGUAUUUUCCAACUUUUCGUUAUCUUCUGUCUGUAUCGUUUUAAGAAUAUUUUCCGUAAUAUAUUGUUUCAGGUAAUGGGGUAUACUACUUUGUUGAAAGAGGUGGUAGCCUUAUUCUUCUUACUGAUUGCUGUUGCUACUUCCACACACUUAGAUUUUGAUGCCAUUAUUAGAAAGGUCAACUCAGUUGAAACCUCGUGGAAAGCAGGCCAGCCAACCAUUACUGCAGCCUCUAUCGUUGGGCAGUAUUGCGCCUGGAAAAAUGCGGAGAAGCCAGAGGAGUUUUCUUUUUAUGAUGAUAUAGUGAUCCCUGAAGAAUUCGAUUCGAGGCAGAAAUGGCCGAAUUGUCCUACGAUAAGGAGUAUACCGAACCAAGGCAAAUGUGGGUGCUGCUGGGCUGUUGCUGCUGCAAGUGCCAUGUCCGACAGGCUCUGCAUCGCAACCAACGGUAACUUCACUCUUCCACUCUCCGCAGAAGAGCUCAUGACUUGCUGUAAAGAGUGCGGUAAAGGAUGCCAUGGUGGCGUCCACUACAAAGCAUGGCAGUACUUCGUUACGCAUGGGAUAGUGACUGGCGGUGGUCACUCUUCUCAAGUUGGUUGCCAGCCUUUCGAGAUCCCUCCUUGCGAAAGAGUGUCCUCCAACUCUUCAAGACCUAAUUGCAAUUCUCUGCCUACGCCGCAAACGCCGCAGUGCCAAACCACUUGUACCAACCCCGCGUACAGCGUUCCUUAUACUUCAGAUCACAGAAAGGCCCAGAACGUAUAUCAGCUGCCGAACAACGCCUCCGAAAUCCAGAAAGAGAUCCUGAUCCACGGACCUGUUGAGGCUGCUUUCACUACCUAUUCAGACUUUCUUACUUAUCAGUCAGGUAUCUAUCGCCACUUGACAAAAAAUGCCAUCAGCAGGCACGCCGUCAAGAUCAUCGGAUGGGGCACGGAAGGAGGCGUACCCUUCUGGUUGAUCGCCAACUCCUUCGAUAGCGACUGGGGCGAGGGCGGGUUCUUCAGGAUGUUGAGGGGCUCCAACGAGUGCGGCAUCGAAGACGACGUUACGGCCGGGCUGCCCCUUGUUUAGUUUAUAAUAUUUUAUUGAAGGGAGUUAGUCGACUGUUCAACAUACCAUGAGUGAUAAGUAGUCAGGACGCAGUCAUCCUAAAGGUAUUUUAUUAGUGCCGACGUUUCAACCCUAGCAUGUGAGUCAUCAUCAGGACUGAAAAUUGUUUAGUACAAUCAGAGAUAUAAUAUUAUAAGAUAGAUAACGGUUAAUAAUGAAAAAAUAAUGAUGGAUAACAAAUGAAUAGACAAUUGAAAUAUGUUAUAAAUUAUCCAAAUAAAAGAUGUAGAGAUGGUUGACCGUGAUAUAAUAUGAGAAAGAGUUGGUCGGGGGGUGCGGA